AAUUGAAAGCACCAUUGGACGUCCUUUACUUAUUAUCCAACCAAGGGUGACAAGUAAAAUCGUGUCGAAACUGAUGAAGCUAAGAGAAUCGCUGAUUCGAACUACCUGCAGAAGUACUUCGAACUCGAAAUUUACAUCUGCGGGCUCACAUGGGAUUCGACACGUUGUAAAUUAUUUAUAUUAUUGUAUGUGUCAUCAAAAGGAGGCAAAUGAGUACAAACAGCUCGAACCAAAAGCUCUCGAAUUCAUUMAAAAACCACUCAACAAAAAUCCACCAAACAACAGUUUCGCCCAGAAGAUUUUGAAUGCUUGGUUUUGCGUGAUUUUCGCCUGACACCGGGAUGCCAGGGAAGACGAAGAACUUGACUAUUCAAGAAAAACUCAAGUUAAAUAUUCAAUUUUUAGAUGCUCUGCUGGCCGAUCUUCAAGCGACGAAUACGGCUGCUGUGAAUAAUUCGCGAAAUAUUUCGCAUCCUGUUAAUGGAAGAUCAUCUCCUGAUUCACCUCCACCGCCGCUUCCACCACCACCUUCUCUCGAUGCACUUGAGCCAGUAGGUCCGUCUUCAAGUCAUAAAGAUGAUUUUCCUCCUCCUCCCCCACCUGAAAUAGCGUCGACACAGUCAUCAAGCUUAGCUAUGAAUCUUUCCGAGCUGGACAGUCUACUAGAGGAUCUUGGAAAACCUCAAUAUCCUUCAUCAGAUUCGUCAGUAAAAACAAGAAAACCAGACCCUUCUCCAGUUAUUAUGGACACUUCACAAAAACCUGUGAUAAAUGGUCAAACUUCUUCAAAUAAAAGACCCUCAGUGGACGCCAUGCUUGAUGAGUUAGACAGUAUUGCGCAACAAACUCCAAAAAGUAUAUCAACAUCGACGAUGCAUCAGCCAGUCCACCACCAGCCACAAUAUCAUAAUGUACCUCCAGUAUUAGACAGCCAUGGACGUACUGCAUCAAGUGCAACCAAAGAACUAGAUGACCUUAUGGCAUCUCUGUCAGACUUCAAGGUUAAUGUUGGUGGUGCUUCUAAUACUGACGGCCCUUCAAGAGGAAGUGGAGAAUAUGCUAAACCACAGAAAUCUAAACAAGGAGGACAAACUGCCAAUGUUGGUAAAGUAAGUCAACUAGACUCCAUGCUAGGAACACUUCAAACAGACAUGUCCAGACAAGGUGUCAGCACUACUAAGAAAGGGACAUGUGCAGCGUGCAAUAAACCCAUUAUUGGUCAAGUUUGUACAGCACUCGGACGAACAUGGCACCCAGAACACUUCACUUGUGUCGCUUGUGAACUCCCUCUUGGCAAUAAGAACUUCUUUGAGAGAGACGGGAAGCCUUACUGUGAAAAAGAUUACCACGAUACGUUUGCACCCAGAUGUGCAUAUUGCAAUGGGCCUAUCCUUGAUUCAUGUGUUACGGCGCUUGACCAAACCUGGCAUCCAGAGCACUUUGUAUGUGCCGAGUGUGGACAGCCAUUUGGAGACACAGGCUUCCAUGAACGCGAUGGAAAACCUUUUUGUCGAGAAGACUACUACGCCAUGUUUGCUCCUCGUUGUGGUGGUUGUGGUAAACCAAUCAUGGAUAACUACAUCUCUGCUCUUAGUGCUCAUUGGCACGCUGAAUGCUUCGUCUGCUUUGAAUGCCGCCAGCCCUUUCCCGGAGGCAGCUUCUUCGACCACGAUGGGCGUCCAUAUUGUGAGAUGCAUUAUCACGCCAGACGAGGAACCUUGUGCUACAGCUGUCAAAAACCGAUCACCGGCCGAUGUAUCACUGCAAUGCAUCGUAAGUUCCAUCCCGAGCACUUUGUUUGCGCCUUCUGUCUAAAACAACUCAACAAGGGUACWUUUAAGGAGCAGCAUGAUAAGCCUUAUUGCCAUCCGUGUUUCAUUAAACUAUUUGGAUAACGAGAUUACAGACCUUGCUUUUUUAAUAAACUGAUCYACUAAACUAACUACAGAAAGAUGKUGGCCAGGUGAAAUGUAGUGACAAUUCCCUUAAUGUGCAAUUCUCUGGUGUAAAUGUUGAUGAUUGAAUAGACUACAAGUACUAUUUCCAUCGAGGAGUGAAGUAGAAAAGGAUACAAAUGAAAUGAUAGCGACACUCACAGUCUUGAUAAUGUCAACAAGAGAUAGCAAUUGAAUUAGGAAGACAUUCGUAAAGUGAUUUCCAUUGGACUGUUAAAUAGAAUGAAGUCAAAAAACCCGUGAAAUAGAUAUUACACUAAUACACGUUACUACCUCAUGGCUCUAAGUGCAUUGUUUUUUGUGUAUAUUCGACUAUCAUAGUGUGAUGGUUGAACUUUGUUUCACGGGUUUGGAUGUCUUCUCUCUAACUAUUGUUGGUGUCUAAUAGUUUCCAAAACACAUAACACUAGCGAAUUCGAGUCUAGACACCUUAAUUAAUAGGCCUUUUGCAUGAAACGGUCACAUGGUAGAAGAUCCGCCUUACUGUAUGGCAAAAUACCCACUGGGAUGUUCAAAACAAAGAAAAGUCAAGCUUGACGGGCUGCGUUCCUUUUGUUUUUGAGGUUGUUUACAUUCUUUUGCCAUCCAGUAUGGCGGAUUUUGUACCAUGUGACCGUUUCAUGCAAAAGGCCUAUUUCUUAGGAUACUCCUAAACCGUGAAAUAAUAGUCAGUACCAAACAUUAGCGGAUUCUUUUUCUUUGUUUCAUUUGAAGUAUUAACACAUCAACAAUUAGUAAGUGUUUCACGGAUUAGGUGCAACUAUUUCAAUUUUUUGUGUCUGUUUCUUGCACCAAUUGACGUUGGCGAGAUGCAUCAUGGGAUGGACGGAAGUACUGAGUCAUGUUGUUGUGUUGCUGUUUUCCGUUCGUGUUUUAUGGUGUCUCAGGAUGUUUUCCGAACAACACGCAUUAUUUAAUAGUCAGUGGUACAAUUCACUAAACGAUUUAGAAAUAAUGACUCAUGAAAGAAAUUUGCUGACAGUAUGUACCGAACGAAUUGAUCAUUUUUACCCAUUCCCAUGAGAUUCAAAAGAUAAACGACCGGCGGCCAUGUUGGAGGAAUGAACAAUAGAUACUAAUGAGAAAUCCUUUGUUAAAGUUCCUCCAAGAUGGCCGCUGUGACGUAACCUGCAAACGAAGAAUUGCACCCGUUGAACGGAGCUCCCCAAAAAAUUGGUGUAACUGUACAAGUAGCAACAAUAGUAAAUAAGAAAAAAUACGAUCGAAAAGAUUAUUUCCUGCAUAGCUUUGUCGGAACAGUUUAAUAUUUUGAGUUUUGUAAAAUAUCUCAGUUUUUUCAACGAAUAUAAUUAAAGAAUUAAAGAAGCUUUUCAAAGAUAUAUCAGAGAAUUUCUAAAAUACAGUUAAGUCUCUAAGUCGUAAACCUUAUGUACCUCGAUCUCACUGGCCGACUUAGCGAGGUUUAUGUAUAUGAAGGGAUUUUUAAAUAAAUAUAUUUCAAUAAUGG